GAGGACUCCUUAAAAAUGUUUCCUUGCGUGUCUGGCUCAUACGGGGAAGCAGAAAGCUUUAGGGUUCAGACAGCUUAGAAAAGCCACUCCUCCCCCCAGAGAGAACCGCUGGAUCCGGAGGCGAUUGGAGGUUCCAAAUUCUCUGCACCUUUGCAGGAAGCACAUAAACCCCAAAAUGGCACGUUCUGGACGACCAUUGCUCUCCCUCAUCCGCACAGGUCUCCUGUUAGCAAUUGUUUUAUUACCAGAGUUUCUGGGGGCCGUUCCAGUGGGGCAGAACAAGCAGGAAGAAGCAGCUGCAAUAUCUGAUGAUGUGAAAACAGAGGCAAUGGCCAACUUGAAAAAGCUGGUCCGCAACAGAAGGAAUGUCCCCGUCUUGGCGGUGCCCCAGUUCAAUCGUGCGUCUGACUUCUGGGGAUGGUACAAGUACUUUAUGGAAACCCACAACCAGGAGGGGGUGGAGGACCUGGAUCGUCUGUAUCUGGCCUAUUUGCAAAACAAGCACAGAUCCGAGGAGGAGCCCACCUUCAAUCACUACCUCAAACAUCUCAGUGAAAUAUACAAAACCUGUGCUGAUUCCGAUGACCCAGAAUGCAUAGCUGAGUUUACUAGUAAGCCCAAAGCCACAGUGGUCAUGCCUGCCCCUUUCAAGGCUGCUCCUAUCAGGAUGUGCAACCCUUACCUCGACCCCUACUGCCUUUACCCCAUUUCCUCCCAGCCUGCUGUCCCAGAGCCUGAACCAGCUCCGGUCAAGGUACCAGCUCCCAUCCUCACCCCUGUGCUGCCUAUGCCUCUGAGGGGCCCCACUGGUUACUAUUACUACGCUCCGGUCUUGGAGCCCUUCCUGAGCGCUGAGCAGAGGUCUGAUUUGCUCAGGAUCUGCCAACCUGAGGAUGUAGAAUGCUUGCAGUAUCACCUAAGAGCAGCAUUUGGGUACCGCCCGGUGCUGGGUCCAGCUCCUUCCUAUGCGGCCCUCAAAUGCGACCCCAAAGACCCGUACUGCAUGCCCCCUCUGGUGCAGAAGGCCCCCACUGGCUUCUACCACCUGAUGUACCCUAGCUGUGACCCGUCAGUGGAUCCUCUUUGCGUCAGUAAGGUUGCUGCUCCUGCUCCGCUCGCUGCUGGGGAGGCACCCAAAGAGCAGCACUGCAACCCCCUCUUUGAUGCGGGCUGCAACCCGCUGACUGCCACAAGGCUCUCUGGUCUCACCAAACCCGUCUUGGAGUACGCCCCCAAGGAUAAGCCUAUACCUCCUGCAUCUCCCUUGAAUUGUGACCCAAGAACCAACCCGUACUGCAUACUGGCAGCUGCUGCCGCCCUGCGCAGGCCUCCUCCACAGCUCCCUGAGCACCAGGUCCGCUACCAGCUUGGCGUCCGCGGCAAGACCAGGGAAGGCUACGACUGCUAUGUGAACUAUGACAAGGACUGCACCCCAGUCAAGUCUGGGUCUGAGGCUUCGGCACCCUUCUGCCAUCCUUACGAUCCAAAAUGUGGAAAGUUCGCUCCACCAGCCAGCAUCGAGGCCCCAAAGCUCGGAAAGGACGGCAUUAUCCUUCCUGAUCCCGACUGUGACCCUGAGUAUGACUACAACUGCCGAUUGCGCCGCUCCGAACCCGCUGCCUCUGCCGAUGAGCCCAUUGCUGAUGAAGAAAAUGCUGCAGAUGAACCUGCCAAGGAAGCUGCAGUCCAACAGUAUGCUGUCCCACGCUUUGAGGACUUCCUCAGGGGUGUCCUGAGCCAGCAAUAAAUCUUAGCUCAGCAGUCUCACAGGUGGAAAUGGAGUUCUAAUGAAAAUUCAUAUGAACUUUAUGAGCCAAAACAUGUUUACAUUAUCAUCAAGGCCUUACCAAGAUUUAGAAGGAAAUCCCACAAUAAUGAAGCUUCAAACAGCAACACAGACAGUCUGAAAAUUUUCUACUUUAGGUCAAAGAUUGAACCAAGCAACAUUUACCGCUGCAUUACGAGAAAAUUGCGCAUUAAAUAAUUCAUCUUUGGAUGUUUGUAGAAAAAACUUUUAUGUAUAGAUGUAUAAUAGAGAAGUACAGUUAGGUUGUAUUUGAUCCACUGUGUAUUUAAUGCUGUUUUCUCCAGUUUUCUGUAAAGCCAAAAGUCUUAAAACUUCAUCUGUUCAAUUUUUAUCCACUUUUAAAUAAAUAAUAAGAUGGCUGAA